UCUACAAAAAUCGCUAGUAUCUAAUUUUGAGUUGAUUAACCAAAAUUGCUUGUCUGCUGGGUAGACUGGCUGGGUGAAUAUGAUCUCAGAAUGAUCUUUCUUUCGGGCAAAGAAUAUCUGGCGAGCUGAAGUUGUUGCACUUGUAGAUGGGGGUGGUAGCGGAGAAGAUGGACGCCGACUUCGUCAUCUCCACCGGCGACAACUUCUACAGCGAUGGCCUAACCGGCGUCAACGACAUGGCCUUCGAGGACUCCUUCACCGGCAUCUACACUGCCAAGAGCCUCCAGAAGCCUUGGUACACAGUUCUUGGCAACCAUGACUACCGGGGCGACGCCCUGGCGCAGACCAGCCCUGUCCUCGCGAAGGUCGACCGCCGGUGGAUCUGCAUCAAGUCCUUCAUUCUAAACGCAGAGAUUGCGGACUUCUUCUUCGUGGACACGACGCCCUUCGUCCUCAAGUACUGGACCAACCCCGGGAACAGCACGUACGACUGGAGAGGAGUUGCUCCUCGCGACACCUACAUCACAAAUCUUCUCAAGGACGUGGAGGCUUUGCUGAGGCAGUCGAGGGCGCCGUGGAAGAUCGUCGUCGGGCACCACCCCAUCCGGACCGCCGGCAAGCAUGGCGACACCGAAGAGCUCGUGCAGCUUCUCCUCCCGAUGCUCAAGGCCAAUGGCGUCGACCUCUACGUCAACGGCCAUGACCACUGCCUCGAGCAGAUCAGCAGCAGCGACAGCCCUCUGCAGUACCUGACGAGCGGCGGCGGGUCCAAGGCGUGGGGCGGCGUCUACGCGCCGGGCGCCGACAAGGUGGAGUUCUUCCACGACGGGCAGGGAUUCAUGUCGCUGCGCCUGACCGCCACGGACGCGCGCCUCGCGUUCUACGACGUCGCCGGCGCCGUCCGGCACACCUGGGGGCAUACCAAGGCCGCGCACUACUGAUUGAAGUUGAAUAAGCUGCCGUGGGCGCCAAUUCUUUGUUACAAGUUGCUAACCAGCACAGCGCCUGCACGAACAAUUUAACCGUCUCUUUACUAUAGUAUUCAAAUUAUUGUUCUUGUAGUUCUCCGGUGUGAAUUGCAUGUCCUUUCGGACUUUUGAUUAAGAUGUAACUGGUGAUGAGUGAUGAUGUUCUCGGUGCAUAAAACAGGGGCGGUGAU